UUGCACCAAACCACGCCGAGCCACUUGUUCUUCCCCGCUCCCUUGCUAUUUUUCUUUGUCCCCAUUUUCGCUGUCGGAUUCCCUCCCUAUUCUUGUCCGAUCCCGCCCUCUCUACUUUUCUGGUUAGCUCGUGACGUGUCCCCGUUGGUGCUGGUUGGUCGCCCACGACGCCAUCAAAGAACGCCACUGUCCCUCUCGCAAAGAUCGAAAUCUUGGCAGCGUUGCGUUUGGGCAGAGGUUGAAUCUUUGAGGGUGGCUUGGGCUGUGACCAACGGGGCAAGACGGCGGCUAUAACGGCGGCAGCGGUGGCGACGGUGGCGCCGUCGUCGGGGGGUGGGGGAGGGGGCGGUGGAGGCGGGUGCCUGGAUUGCCUGCAGGAUGUGGUGAGGGCGCUGGCGAUUGGGUCGUGCCUGCCGGCAGACCAGCGGCCGAUCGAGGUGGCGGCCCUACCCGGGAAGGUGGGAGGAGGCAGGAGGAGGGGGGAGGAGGCCCCCAGGAGGAUUGCUUGGACUGGGUCUGGCAAUGUGGCCUGCCUCUUCACGCGGCAGGGGAAGAAGGGCACCAACCAAGACGCCAUGGUCGCGUGGGAGAACUUCAAUGGGAGAUCAGACACAGUAUUUUGUGGAGUUUUUGAUGGUCAUGGUCCACAUGGCCAUCUCGUCGCGCGGAAAGUAAGAGAUACUCUCCCUUUGAAGCUGUGUGAUUUGAUAUAUGAUGACUAUGGGGAGAGCCCAACCAGCAAUUCAGAUGGAUCAGUUUUAGAAGAGAGUUUAUCUCCAUACCCAGAUGCAGAGGACAAGUCUCCCACAUUCACCGCACAGAAAGAAGAACAUCUAGAAUUCUUUGACUCAAUGAAAGAGUCUUUCCGAAAAGCUUUUAGAGUUAUGGAUAAGGAGCUUAAAUUACAUCGGAACAUAGAUAGCAUUUGCAGUGGAACUACCGCAGUUACUUUAAUUAAACAGGGUCAGGAUCUUAUUGUCGGGAAUCUAGGUGACUCUAGAGCUGUAUUAGGCACUAGAGAUCAGAACGGUCAUUUGGUUGCCCAUCAGUUGACAGUUGACCUGAAACCUGAUCAUCCAAGAGAGGCUAGGAGGAUCAAGCGAUGUAAUGGACGGGUCUUUGCUCACCAGGAUGAACCAGAUGUGGCUCGCCUUUGGCUUCCUAACUGCAACUCUCCAGGCCUAGCAAUGGCACGAGCUUUUGGUGAUUUUUGUCUAAAGGAUUUUGGGCUGAUCUCUGUACCUGAGGUCACCUAUAGGCGAAUCAUGGAGAAGGAUCAGUUCAUUGUCCUUGCCACUGAUGGGGUGUGGGAUGUUCUGUCCAACCAGGAAGUGGUGGAAGUUGUUGCCUCAUGCUCUGGCCGUUCUGGCGCAGCCCGUGCUGUUGUUGAUCUAGCAAAUCAGACCUGGAAAUUCAAGUACCCAACCUCCAAAACGGAUGACUGUGCAGUGAUCUGCCUUUUCCUGAGCAAAGAAGCCGAUGCGGGUGGGCUAUCAGGGCUGUCUGUUGCUAGCAAGGGAAUUGGAUCUAGUCCAGGGAUGCCACCGCGAUUAAGGACCCCCCAGCACUUCAGUAAAAGGGUAAUUCCAGAGGAUGCCGAUGAUGAAUGUGACCCAAAUAUAAGUGGAGAUGAGAGGUCAUUGGAGGGCUUCACCCGGUUGAACACGCUUUUGACACUACCAAAGUUUGGUGAUACAAGUCCAACCAAGAAAUGAAGUUUUACUGAUAUUGAUGUGGGAGUCUGCAGUUAGCAGGCACAUUCGCUGAUGUUUUGGAGAUGAGAGCCUUAUUGGCUAUAGAGAGAAGUGCAUAUUUCAAUCAUGAACUCUUGCCCUAAUUUAAUUUACAACCCCGAACUUUAAUACCGUCUAAAUUACAACCCCCAAGUCUCAAAAUCGGGUAGGAUUCAACCCUCCCCUCUCUGUUGACCGGUUUUGACCUGGGGUGACCAGUUUUGACUAGUCAACGGGUCCAAUCAGCAUGCCACGUCAGAUUUUUUUUUCAAAAUUUCAAGAAAAAUUAAAUAAAAAUCUGUAAGAUUAGGAAAAAAAUAUAAAAAAGCAAAAUUCCAAAAAAAUUGUUCGCGAAAAAAGCUAGGGAAAAUAAAAAAUGAUUUUUUUUCUGGAAAUAUUUUCUUUUCUGGAAUUUGAGUUUUUGGGUUUUUUCUGGAUUUUUUUGGAAAUUUGUUUUUUUAUUUUCCGUGUUUUUCAGAAAUUGGAUUUCUUAUUUCUUUUCCUGUAUUUUCUUUGAUUUUACAAGUUGUUUCCUUGGAAAUUUUGCAUUUUUUGCUGAUGUGGCAUGCUGACUGGACCUGUUGACUGGUCAAAACCGGUCAACCAGGUUAAAACCGGUCAACAAAGAGGGGAGGGUUGAAUACUGGCUGGUUUUGAGAGUUGGGGGUUGUAGUUUAGACGGUAUUGGAGUUCGGGGUUGUAAAUUAGACUAGUCCAAAAGUUCGGGGUUGAAAUAUGCACUUCUCUCUUGGCUAUAUCAGCAUGCCCGGUGAGCUCGUGUCCGAAUGUCGGUUUACUCUUAAGGAUGAGUAGGGUUACUGUUUUAUGUAAAUCCUAACUCUCAUUGUGCAACAUGCGUUGGGAGGCAAGUUUCAGUUUGUUUCGAGUCGGCUUUGCCUUUCUUGCAUGUUCAAGCUGAGUUUAUAUAUAUGUUAAUACGAUGUACGUGCUCGGUUUUCUACGUGAACAGGCCCUGCUCAUUAUAUUUG